AUGGACACUAGCAUCAUCGGACCUGUCACCGUCAUGGAGAGCUUCAUCAAUCAAUUUGGGCAACACUCUUCAGCCGUUCACGGUAUUCUCGUUUCUUGUAUUCUGCUCUGUGCCGCCUUCGGCUCUCUGUUCGCUGGCAGACUCGCGGACCGUCUGGGCCGCCCAAAAGCAAUGGCGUUCGGCGCAGCAGUCUUCACCGUCGGAACAGUACUGGAGGCCGCCGCAUCAGAGCUCUCAAUGUUUGCCGUAGGAAGAGUCAUCGAGGGCAUCGGCUACGGCCUCUACUUCAGCACGCAGACCGUCUAUAUCUGUGAGAUUGCACCACCGAAAGCCCGAGGACCCCUCACCUCUGGCCCGCAAUUCAUGACAUGCGUUGCGCUGGUAGCCGGGUACUUUAUCAGCUAUGGUACAGUCAAUAUACCAGGCUCGCUUUCAUGGCGACUGCCAUUCAUCGUCACUGCCGUGAUGGCCUUGUUCUACCUGCUGAUCAAUCUGUUUCUCCUGCCGGAAUCUCCUCGGUGGCUGAUUCGACGUCGCAAUUUUCGAGCCGCCGAGAAGGUGUGGGAUGCCUUGGAGGUUAGGCACGAGGAUCGGGAGGUUGAUGAUCGUGCUGCGAUCGCUGAUUCAACUCUGUUAUACCGGGCUCAUCAUCACAGUCAAAUCCACCUGCAACGGGAGAAGGCAAACCACAUGUCAGCUUUCGAAGUCUAUGGACUCGGGAGGUGCGGAAGCAGACAUUUUGGCAGUGUUUUUGAUGGGUUUCCUCCAGCUAUGCGGCAUCGAUGCUCCUCGAGCAUUCCUGCAACGCUGCUGGCUGAUAAAUGGGGCCGUCGCACCAGCACCCUGGUAGGAGGAGUGGGCUUGACGGCGCUUAUGAUUCUCAUUGGCAGCCUCUACGCCGGCCAUGCGGUUUUCUCCACGCACGGGGCUGGUCGUUGGGUAGUCAUCGUCUCCAUCUACCUGUACUGCAUUGUGCAAGCUACAACCUGGGGCAUCAGUAUCAAGGUGUGGGCACCAGAAAUUCAACCCCAGCACACGCGUGCUCAGGCGAUCAGUCUCGCUUAUGGCGCGAACUGGGUCUGCAAUUUCUUCGUCGCCUUUGUCUGCCCGAUUCUCCUGGACAAAAGCAUCCCAAGCGCCUAUUUUCUCUUCGGUGGCUGCACUGCCGUUGCGACCGUUGUAAGCUUCUUUUAUAUGGUCGAAACAAAGGGAAAGACCCUAUCGGAGAUCGAGCGCGAGUUCAAAGCGCGGAUUCCGGCCGUCCCCGCGGUUAUCCCCAUGGUGAGACUGUCGCAUGCGGACCAUGGAAGCAAGGCCGCCUGA